AUGAAUCAUAAAUUACAAAAAUACAGCGGUUGCAAAAAUUUCAGGGAUUUCACAGGAAUUGGCAAAUCCCUAAUUACAGGAAACGAAUCGAAUGUUUCAGGUCUAAGUGCCUGUGAGAGGAAGUCGUUCAUAUUUUUGAGGAAGGAGCUACCAGUCCGAUUGGCCAACAUUAUGAAAGAGAUCCACCUGCUGCCGGAGAAUUUGUUGAAGAUGCCUAGUGUGGGUAUAGUUAAUAAUUUGUACGCCACUUCGUUUGAGGAUAUCAUGCAGUUCGAGAAGGUUGAAGUCAGCGAGACCACUUUAGACAAAUUCUGUCAGACUUUGGUUAAAAUCCGCAACAGGCACAAAGACAUCGUGGAAACGAUGGCGCAGGGUGUUCUGGAGUUGAAGGAAUCUCACGACGUCGAUGCCCAGACGGAGAACAAUAUCCAGUACUUUUUGGACAGAUUUCUCAUGUCUCGAAUCUCUAUUCGCAUGCUGAUCAAUCAACACACCCUGCUUUUCGGCAGCGAAUUAAACGGACAUAGUAGACACGUGGGAUCCAUAGAUCCAUCCUGCGAGAUAAUCAGCGUCGUGAAAGACGCGUAUGAGAAAGCUAGAUUGCUGUGCGAUGAAUAUUAUCUGGCUAGUCCGGAACUGAUAGUCCAGCAACAUAACGGCAACCAAAUUAGAAUAGUUUACGUGCCGAGCCAUUUGUUCCACAUGCUGUUCGAACUUUUCAAGAACAGCAUGCGAGCUAUCAUGGAGCACCAUAGCUCGAACGCGGAGUAUCCAGCGAUAGAAGUGAUCGUGUCGCGUGGCAAAGAAGAUAUCUGCGUCAAGAUGUCUGACCGAGGCGGUGGUAUUCCCCGCUCGCAAAUGGACCAUUUGUUCAAAUACAUGUACAGUACAGCGCCUAGGCCAACGAAAACUGACGCUCACACUGUUCCACUCGCUGGAUAUGGCUACGGUCUUCCAGUAUCUCGACUAUACGCCAGAUAUUUCCACGGUGAUCUUGUUCUGCAGAGUUGCGAUGGCUAUGGCACCGAUGCCAUAAUAUACCUGAAGGCUCUAUCGAACGAAGCCAACGAGCUGCUGCCAAUCUUCAACAAGACUUCCUCGAAAUUUUAUCGGACCCAAGUAUCGACCACCGAUUGGAGCAGCCACUGCGGCGGUGGAAUGGCCACGAGGCAGCUACGCAUGAGCCACGUCCAAGGGCACAAACUCCCACGUGGAAUGGAGAUCAGGCAUUGC